AUGGCACGAACACUCCGCCUCCUCUCCUCCCUCACCCUCUUCACCCUCUCCCUCGGCCUCCCUCUCGACGACAUCCUGCUCCAAAUUUUCCAAAACAUCCACUGGCUCCCCAACGCCCUGGCCCAAGUCACCAGCGACCUCGCCCCGCGCGCCGUCUCCUUCCAGCCCAAAGCCGGCGCGACCUUCAACAUCGAACUCAGCGUCGUGCCCAAGACCUCCGAGGCCAACGACCAGAGCUACCACGUCUGGGACUUCGACAUGUUCGACGCUCCCACCUCCACCAUCAAAGCCUUCCAGGACAAAGGACACCCCGUCAUCUGCUACUUCUCCGCCGGCAGCUACGAGGACUGGCGCGGCGACGCCGACGACUUCCCCUCGGCGGCCCUGGGCGAACCCCUCGGCGGUUGGGAAGGCGAGUACUGGCUCGACACACGCAACCAGAAGAUCCGCAGCAUCAUGGCCAAACGCAUCGCGCUGGCCGCGAGCAAGGGCUGCGACGCCGUGGACCCGGAUAAUGUGGACGGCUACACCAACCCCACCGGUUUCGACCUGACGAAAGCCGACGCGGUGGACUACCUCAAGUUCCUGGCCAACGAAGCGCACUCGCACGGCAUGGCGUGCGGGCUGAAGAACGGCGGCGAUGUGCUGGGCCAGCUCGUGGAUGUAAUGCAGUUCAGCGUCAACGAGCAGUGCGUGCAGUACAACGAGUGCGACUUGUACCAGCCGUUCAUCGAGCAGAACAAGCCGGUCUUCCACAUCGAGUACACGGAGAAGAGUCCCGCGGCGGCGAGCUUUGUCACGAAGUCUUGCACGAACAAAGGUGCGAAGGGCUUCUCGACGCUGAUUAAGCAUAUGAGUCUUGAUGCUUGGACGACGAAGUGUUAG